AUGAGUCACUACGAGCGUCUACGGGCGCUCGUCGAUGCCAAUCGCGCGCUCCGCAACGUCCAGCAGGCGCUCGCGACCUUUGACUUUACCGCGCUCUCGGCGUUUGCCCAAGUCAACUUUGUCACCAAGCUGCGUGCGUUUAGCGAGACAGAGCUCUGCACACUCCUCUCAAACCAAUCGUUCCAGCAGCUGCGCAUGACGUCCGAGCAGGUUUCGGCGCUGCAGUACUUCUCGUCGCUCGAGAUGUACGACCCGCUACGGCGGUUGGUGUGGGCCUACGACGCUGUCACGCGGCGCGACCAGCGCAACGCAACCGCCGCCGAUGCAAGCGACGAGAACGACGACAGUCGCGUCUGGCGCGACGUCGACCUCGUGACGUUGCCGCCGCUCGGAAUCGCCCGCCACGUCUCGUAA